AUGGACACGAGAGGAAAGCUGAGCGACUGCCGCUCCAUCUCCCACGACACCCUGCGGAAUGGACUCCCCUCGCCGCGCAUCGAACACUAUGACGGCGAAGUCCCUCCCGCUCUCUCACCCCUAGACGCUUUCGCCGCUCAGGGCCGAUUCCUCGCUAGACAGCUAGAUGAGUCUCGAAGGGGAGACCGGCGCAUGAGCCGCCUGCCUCCUUCCAGCGUGGCUCGAUCGCUCUCGCACGGUCGACCGGGCUACUUCCGUGGCACCUCCAGCGAUUCUCAAACAAAUACUCUUACGCGGAGACCGACACAGAAGGCGCUUCCGGAAUUUGAAGAGCCCAAAUAUCGCCCGGUGUCAGAGCACCCCCGUUUCAGUUCCAUUUCGCAUGCUACCACCAACACCGACCUCGAUGACGAUGAUGAGUCUACGCCCCGCACCACAAUGGUCCCUUCCGAUUCAUAUGAGAUGCCGCGUGCCGAGUCUCCUGACGAGGACCCGGUACUUGCACGCGAAUCUGAGGAUUCAGUCGGUGUUGCCAUGUUUGAUCCGUCUCGGCAAAACUCGACCGACUCGGUGUCAUCACGUCUUCAUAUUCCUCGGACUCUAGCACCACCGAUCUCGCCUCAUUCGCGACCCUCGAGCAGUGCCAAAGUCACGCACCCGGAGAGCUCCGAUGACGACUAUAGUAGCUCGAACGCGGGCUCGACCUUCUCUAAACCGCGGAAGCUGUCAUCUGGCAGUGCCGUAUCAUUGCCAUACUCGCCCAUGUCUACUUAUCCCGGUCGCGGUCCUCAUCCGCGUUCGCCCUCCUUGAGCUCAGAAACCUCGAAUACUGGGCAUCUUCCUAGACCUUCCUUUAACUUUUCCCGACCCCUCAGCCGAUCCAGCACCAGCCUGUCGGCCCCAGGCCCGUCAGCAACAUCCGAGCCAACUACGGCAUCCCAGACGCAUCAUUGGAACCAGCCGAGCCAUAUGCAUCGUGCGAGCAAGCCCACCCCGAUCCUUUUGCCAUUGGCAACGGAAGCAGCAGCAGCCACUGCACCUAAUAAGGGUGAUCCGUCUUCCGCCGUCUCUUCCUACGUGUACGCUAAAUAUGACCUUCCCCGUGGACGCGAGCUUUCAAGAAACUCGGUGGUCUUCGCGGGCUUACAAACACCGCAUUUCGAAUGGAAUGAGCAUAAUCCAAUGUUUGAGAAAACCCCUCCUCGGCAUUCAGAGGAUCACUUGCGCUCGGCUCGUACGCCGCCGCCCUCCAUGCGUUGUGAGCUGGAAAAAUCUCCCAAACCGCACUCGAUGUAUGAGGUGUCCGUCCCUCAAGCUCCGAAAUCAGUAUUCGUGCCGCCAUCACCUCCGAAGCCCCAGCCGGCACCGGCACCGGCGGCGUCCACACCCCGCAAGUCCAGCGAAUCUACACAACAGAUUGCGAACACCAAUGACAAGGCUGAGACCGUCUCAUCGGCGGAUUCAGCGAGUACUUUGCGCCCGCAAACCGCUGGAACCCAGACAUCGUCGCUCAACAUGACUGCCGAUGAUCACGUGUCAAAGGGCAUCGACCUACACGAGAAGGGUUCCUUGAAUGAGUCAACAUACCAUCUGCGGGUUGCGGCCAAGCAGAACCACCCCACUGGAAUGCUGUUGUACGCACUCGCCUGCCGUCAUGGCUGGGGCAUGCGAUCCAACCAGCAAGAGGGCGUGCGAUGGUUGCGUAAAGCCGUGGAUUCAGUUGGAUUGGAAAUGCUGGAAAACCCGGACGCCCCUGGUGCAUCCAAGGCGAAGGAAUUGCAGAAGGCCUACCGGUCACAGUUUGCUCUCAGUAUCUACGAACUGGGUGUCAGCUACCUGAACGGCUGGGGCAUUGAACAGGACAAGAGCCUGGCUCUGCGCUGCUUCGAAAUUGCCGGUCAAUGGGGUGAUGUAGAUGCCAUGGCCGAAGCAGGAUUUUGUUACGCGGAAGGUGUUGGCUGCAAGAAGGACAUGAAAAAGGCUGCACGGUUCUACCGCCAGGCCGAGGACAAUGGCAUGAGCAUGGUCGGAAACAGCUGGAUUUAUAAGGAUAAAUACAUGGCUGAAGACGAUUCUAAGGGCGGUCGUGGUCGCGGUCGCGGACGAACCGUCACCGACAACAAGAAGGACAAGGGCGAGAAAAAGCCUCGCAGCAAGUCGCGCACUCGCAGCAUGUUCCAGCGAAAGAAGUCCAUCGUCCCCGAGGCAUAG